UUUUACACUUGGUUAUGCAAUAUGUCAAAUUCCGUAAACAUUCCGUAUGUCCUAUCAAAAUUACGCAAUGACGUGAAAAGUUAAAAACUGUUAAAGAGCAAGUAAUAUUUUAAUAUAUUACACUAUUUACAAGCCGGAUUGACAUUUCUUGGUACUUGUUUACUCAGGUUUUGUAUUGAGGUUAUCUUCCGGGGUACCUGAGUGUCAAUCUUUACCUAAGUGGUAUAUUGAGAUUUUCGUUACUCAACUAUGCACCAGAAAGGACGUGUUAUCAUUUGACCCUGGAACAGAAUGUCUGCGAGGACGUCCCUAUCUGUGUUUUCUCUCCUGAGUUUUAUUGCAGUUGUUUUCCCAUACAACCUUGUCAUCAUCCAUACCAAUGAUGUACACGCACACAUUGAGGAGAUGAACAAAUACGCCAGCUCUUGUAAAUCCGAGGAAAAGGCAAAAGGAGAGUGUUAUGGCGGAGUUGCACGGAGAUUUACGAAAAUUAACGAGAUUCGAGACCAGGAUCCCGACCACACGCUUCUCUUGGACGCUGGCGACCAGUUUCAGGGCACACUAUGGUUCAACAUCUACAAAGGGCAAGAAGCGUUUAGAUUUAUGAAUGAAAUGAAAUACGACGCGAUGAGUCUGGGAAAUCAUGAAUUUGACAACGGCGUGGGCGGCUUGAUCCCAUUCAUGGAAAACGUUUCUUUCCCAAUAGUCUGUUCCAAUCUUGACACAUCUGAACAACCAAAUAUGCGAGGAUUAUGCAACUCUUCAAUAAUACUCAAUAAAGGCGGCAGGCGAAUUGGUAUCAUAGGGUAUCUUAUUGAGGAAACCGCCACCAUAUCUAACCCAGGGCCUCAUGUGCAUUUCAACAACGUUAUUGAUACCGUCAAAAUGGAAGCACAGCGUUUAAAACCCUACGUGAAUAUCCUCAUUGGGAUCGGACAUUAUGGUUAUGGAAAUGAUAUCAAGUUAGCGGAAGCCGUACCCGACCUGGACAUCAUUGUAGGGGGCCACACUCACACGUUUCUGUACAACAUGACAGGGCCUUUCCCCUCCAAUGAUAAACCUGAAGGACCCUACCCUACCAUCGUAGAUCAUGGCUCAAGUAAAACAUUAGUAUUGCAAGAUUAUUUUGCCGGAAAAUAUCUAGGAUUUAUUAACGUGACCUUUGACUCUAACAACCACGUGGAUUCCUGGGAGGGUUUGCCAAUCCUGCUGGACAAUUCAACAAAGCAAGAUCCAGCUAUAUUGGCCGAAGUUAUGAAGAUGGGUAAAUUAUUGGAAAAAGAAAAACAGCUGACAGUGGGGUACUCCACGGUGUACCUUGAGGGCGAUUCAAAGAUUUGUAGGCUGCGGGAGUGUAAUCUUGGAAAUUUGAUAACGGACGGAAUGGUCAGUUUUCACGCUCGGAGGAUUCCACUGAAUGAGUUUUGGAGCGAUGCUGCUAUUGCAAUACUAAAUUCUGGUGGAAUAAGAGCACCAAUUGAAAGAGGAAACAUAUCUCGUGGAGACGUGUUGACAACGAUGCCGUUUGGAAACAAUGUAGAUCUCAUUAAUCUCCAAGGGAAAUAUCUACGACAAGCUUUAGAACAUUCGGUAGAGCGAUAUGACAGGCUGAACAGAGCCGGAGCAUUCCUUCAAGUGUCAGGACUGCGAGUAACUUACGAUUUAUGUAAACCGGCUGGCCAGCGAGUUGUAUCCGCCUACACGCGGUGCCGGCAAUGCGUGAUGCCGCGAUACUCUCCCCUGGAUGAUAACAAAAUAUACACCAUCGUGGCAAUUGACUUCGUCAUACGAGGAGGGGAUGGGUUUCAAGUUAUUCAGGAGCAUCAUACAAAUCACCAGCGAUUCAAUGACAUUGACAGCGAUGUGUUUUCCACUUAUCUUCAAUCCAAUAGCCCAAUUAUAAAAGGCGAGGAAGGAAGGAUAACUCUUCUGGAAGACUGUACUAACAGUGCAAGAUUUCUCCAUCCUAACAUAUACCUAUUUCUUAUCACUGCGCUUUACGUCUUUGUUAAAUGUUUGUAGAAGAUCUGCGUACUGUAUGAAUGCUUGUACAGUUGUAUUUUAGAGUGUUUCGUGUAAACGGCAGUUUAUCAACUGAUGGACAACACUGAAGUUAUAUCAUUAUGGUAUCUUGAAUUUGUCUGUUUCUCCUAUUCGAGCUUCCAGGGAAAAAUCACUUCUCAAAAACUGUUAUCCUUUUUAGCUCACCUGAACCGAAGGUUCAAGUGAGCUUUUCUGAUCACAUUUUGUCCGUCGUCCGUCUGUAAACUUUUUACAUUUUCGACUUCUUCCCCAGUACCACUGGGCCAAUUGCAACCAAACUUGGCCAAAAGCAUCCUUGUGUGAAGGGCUUUCAAGUUUGUUCAAAUGAAGGGCCAUGUCCCUUUCAAAGGGGAGAUAAUCACAAAAAUGCAAAAAUAGGGUGGGGUCAUUUAAAAAUCUUCUUCUCAAGAACCACUGGGCCAGAAGAGCUGACAUUUACCUGAAAGCUUCCUGACAUAUUGCAGAUUCAAGUUUGUUCAAAUCAUGGCCCCCGGGGGUAGGAUGGGGCCACAAGGGGGAUCAAACUUUUACAUACAAAUAUAUAAGAAAAAUCUUUAAAAAUCUUCUCAAGAACCACUGAGCCAGAAAAGCUGAUUUUUACAUGAAAACUUUCUGACAUAAUGCAGAUUCAAGUUGUUCAAAUCAUGGCCCCCGGGGGUAGGAUGGGGCCAUAAGGGGGAUCAAAGGUUUACAUACAAAUAUAUAGGAAAAAUCUUUAAAAAUCUUCUUCUCAAGAACCACUGAGCCAGAAAAGCUGAUUUUUAUGUGAAAACUUUCUGACAUUGUGCAGAUUCAAGUUUGUUCAAAUUAUGGCCCCCGGGGGUAGGAUGGGGCCACAAUGGGGAUCAAAAUUUUACAUACAAAUAUAUAGGGAACAACUUUAAAAAUCUUCUUCUCAAGAACCACUGAGCCAGAAAAGCUGAGAUUUACAUGAAAGCUUCCUGACAUAAUGCAGAUUCAAGUUUGUUGAAAUCAUGGGCCCCAGGGGUUGGAUGGGGCCACACUUACCUACCUAUCCUCUUCGAGCCAUGGUUGGCUCAUAAGGCUUGACAGCAUCUUCUACCAUCUCACUGUCAUUUGCUACUGUAACUGCUUCGCUCCAUUUUUCAAGGGGGAUCAAAGUUUUACAUACAAAUAUAUAGGAAAAAUCUUUAAAAAUCUUCUCAAGAACCACUGAGCCAGAAAAGCUGAUUUUUAUAUGAAAACUUUCUGACAUAGUGCAGAUUCAAGUUUGUUCAAAUCCUGGCCCCCGGGGGUAGGAUGGGGCCACAAUAGGGGAUCAAAGUUUUACAUACAAAUAUAUAGGAAAAAUCUUUAAAAAUCUUCUUCUCAAGAACCACUGAGCCAGAAAAGCUGAUUUUGACAUGAAAACUUUCUGACAUAGUGCAGAUUCAAGUUUCUUGAAAUCAUGGUCUCCGGGGGUAGUAUGGGGCCACAAAGGGGAUCAAAGUUUUACAUACAAAUAUAUAGGAAAAAUCUUUUAAAAUCCACUGAGCCAGAAAAGCUAAUUUUUACAUGAAAACUUUCUGACAUAGUGCAGAUUCAAGUUUGUUCAAAUCAUGGCAUCCGGGGGUACGAUGGGGCCAGAAGGGGGAUCAAAGUUUUACAUACAAAGGUAUAGUUAAAAUCUUCUCAAUAACCACUGAGUCAGAAAAGCUGAUAUUUUUACAAGAAAACUUUCUGACAUAGCGGAGAUUCAAGUUUGUUCAAAUCAUGGCCCCCGGGGGUAGGAUGGGGCCACAAGUGGUGGGGGGGGGGGGGUGUCGGUGUCAAAGUUUUACAUACAAAUAUAUAGGGAACAUCUUUUAAAAUCUUCUUCUCAAGAACCAUUGGGCCAAAGAAGUUGACAUUUACAUGAAAGCUUUUUGACGUAGUGUAGAUUCAAGUUUGCAAAAAUCGUGGCCUCCAGGGGUAGUUGGGUCCAUAAUAGGGACUAAGGUUUUACAUGCAAAUAUUUAUGGAAAGUCUUCAGAUAUGGGCCAAGGUGACUCAGGUGAGCGAUGUGGCCCAUGGGCCUCUUGUUUAAAGUUAUCAUUUCUGUUCAGAUGAAUAGGACUAAAAUUAAUUAUCAAUACAUGAUAUGUUCAAUGUAUUACAUGUAUAAAACUUUUUGAAAACAUUA